UGGCUCAAAAGCAUGGACCAUGAUUGCUUGCGAUGAUGAACGGAGAGGGGUCUCUUGACGAUGAGGAGAAGGGUCACAGCAUCGAGGAACUUCUGCGAGCAUUGGAAAAUCAUCGGGUUGAGUGCGAACAAACUGGAAGGUAUGAAGAGGCUGAGUUGGCCCGUCUUCGCUUGGAUCAACUUCGACAGCACGAGGAGAAAAGUCGUCGAGAUGCCCUUUUGGAACAGCAGCUUGCUGAGCGCAUGGGUGUUGAAGAAGCGCACAUGCUAGGCUUACAGGAAUUCAACAACAUUUGGGACCAAAAGCAGCAAGACUUUGAAGCCAAGGCCAAUCAACUGCAGACUGUCCUGGCCACACGGCACAAACAGGAACAUCAGACGCAUUUGGAGAAAUUACGGCGAGAGGUCGAACCGAGGACGCCUCGGUGGAGCAGAGAUUUAUUGAACCUGCGGAAGAUCCAGGAAACUUUAGCAAAGAUGAGGAAGUAUGCUGAGGCAGAAAAAACCAAGGCCCAGGCAGACAAACUCGAAGCGAAAGAACACAACCAGUGGAAGGAGAAACGAGAAGCUAGGAUUGCUGUCAUGGAAGAGCAGUUUUUACACAAGCAACAGCUGGAAAUGGGAGGUCUUUUGAAGCGUCUCAAGGCCUCUCGAGAAGAAUUGCGCCGGUCCCGCAAAAUGGAGAUGGAACGCUUGCUACAACGAUAUCAGAAUUUGAAAAUGCAGAUGGAGAAUCAGCAGCGUAUUAUCCAGCAGCGUGUCGAGAGGUAUCCGAUCACAGCACCUAUGGCAAACACCUCACGCCCAUCAAGUGGCCCGUGACGUGCGCAGGUGACACCACCGGUAAGGCCUAAACUCGGUGCCCGAAUUAAGGUUUCACCUCCCGCAAAAGAAAGACGUUUCCGAAGCAAAGCAGUGACUGUCCAAGCUCCGAACUGCAAUCACUGAAGCGCCGUCUAACAAGUGGUCAAUUCUGUUGGAUUGAGAAGUUCUAGUGUCAAACAUGUUCAUGGC